CAAAGCUAGAUCUGGCUGUGCGUAUCUCCACCUUGCUCAUCUUCGUCUUCGUCUAACUCGUCUUCCGGUUCGUGAAUCGAUCAUGUCGGAUUCGGAAAUUGCACUGGAAGAAAUCCCAGGCGACCACGGUUUCCCAUUUUUCGGUGCGUUAAGGGAUCGUCUCGAUUACUUCUACUUCCAAGGUAGAGAUGAAUUCUUCCGCCACCGGAUGCGCAAGUACCGGUCGACGGUCUUCAGGGUCAACAUGCCACCCGGCCCAUUCAUCUCCUCGAACCCCAAUGUCGUCGUCCUCCUCGACGCGAUCAGCUUCCCCGUCCUGUUUGACACAUCCAAGGUCGAAAAGAGGAACGUGCUUGAUGGCACGUACAUGCCCUCCACCGCCUUCACUGGUGGCCACCGUGCUUGCGCCUUUCUCGACCCAUCCGAGCCCAAGCAUGCCGCCAUCAAGCACUGGUUUCUGUCCCUCCUCGUGGCUCGGCGCAAUGUGUUCAUCCCCACCCUCAGGAGCUGCUUGUCGGAUCUCUUUGUCGACCUAGAAGACGAGCUAUCGAGCAAAGGGAAAGCAUCGUUCAACUCCCUAAAUGACAAGAUGUCCUUCAACUUUGUGUUCAAGCUCUUAUGCGACCAAAAGCCCUCGAGCACAAUUCUAGGGACCAAAGGGGCAGCGAUGUUCAACCUAUGGAUAUUACUCCAGCUUGCCCCAAUAUUGUCCCUAGGGUUUGACAACAAGGUCUUAAAUUUCUUGGAAGAUGUCAUUUUGCACACUUUCCCACUGCCUCCGCUCUUAAUAAAAUCUUCUUACAAGAAGCUCUACGAUGCAUUUAGCGAGCAUGCGUCUUCAAUUUUAGAUGAAGCUGAGAAGCUUGGGAUUGAUAGAGACGAGGCGUGUCACAACCUAGUGUUCCUUGCAGGGUUCAAUGCCUACGGUGGCAUGAAGGCCACGUUGCCCAUGUUGAUCAAGUGGGUCGGGUGGGGAGGCGAGGAUCUGCACCGCCGGCUCGCGAGGGAGAUCCGGUCAACCGUCGCGUCAGAAGGCGGGGUAACCCUCACCGCCCUGGACAAGAUGAGCCUGACCAAGUCGGUGGUGUACGAGGCUCUCCGGAUCGACCCCCCGGUGAAGUUCCAGUACGGGAAGGCGAGGCGAGACAUGGUGGUCCGGAGCCACGAUGCCGCCUUCCAGAUCAAGAAGGGCGAGAUGAUCUUCGGGUAUCAGCCGUUCGCGACCAAGGAUCCGAGGAUCUUCGAUGACCCGGAGGACUUUGUGGGCGAUAGGUUCGUCGGGGAGGGGGAGAAGCUACUGAAGUACGUCUACUGGUCCAACGGGCGGGAGAUCGACGAUCCGACGGUGGGGAACAAGCAGUGCCCGGGGAAGGAUCUGGUGCUCCUCAUGUGCAGAGUUAUGUUGGUGGAGAUGUUCCUCCGCUACGACACGUUCGGAUUGGAAUGUGGGAGCUUGCCUGCGGGUUCAUCCGUGACGUUCAAAUCGUUGACCAAGGCCACGAGUUGUUGACCGUAUGUCUACUGCUGACAAGGAAAUCGUAUGAAUUUUUUCAGUUUUUUUUGUUUUAACUAGAUUGCAGCGAUUCGAAAUGUUUCUAAUUUUAAAGUCAUCUCCUCUGUGAACCUUC